AUGGGUGGCAAGUCAACGUUCAUUCACCAGGUGUGUUCUUUUAAGCCAGGUGCAUUCAUCGACCAGGUGUGUUUUUUUAAGCCAGGUGCAUUCAUCGACCAGGUGUGUUCUUUUAAGCCAGGUAUCACCCAUCCAUUCCCACUGUCCCAUCGCCCGUCACCUCACCACCAUAAGCCAGGUGCAUUCAUCGACCAGGUGGGAGUGGUGGUGCUGAUGGCGCAGGUGGGCUCGUUCGUACCUUGCUCCCGCGCACAUGUGAGCAUUCGAGAUGCCAUCUUUGCCCGCGUGGGCGCUGGCGAUUGCCAGUUGAGGGGAGUGAGCACGUUCAUGGCAGAGAUGCUCGAGACAGCCGCCAUUCUGCAUGCUGCCACUCCACACUCGCUGGUCAUUAUUGACGAGCUGGGGAGGGGAACGUCCACUUAUGAUGGCUUUGGUCUUGCUUGGGCCAUCUGUGAACAUCUAGUGGACGUAACAAGAGCGCCCACACUCUUCGCUACGCACUUUCACGAGCUCACGGCCCUCGAGACCCGCGAUGCUUCCAGUGGUGUUGCCAACUUCCAUGUCAGCGCGCACAUUGAUGAAGCUUCCAGGAAGCUCACCAUGCUCUACAAGGUGCAACCGGGCCUGUGUGAUCAGAGUUUUGGCAUUCACGUGGCGGAGUUUGCGCACUUCCCUCCCGAGCAUCAACUCAUGUCCUCCCUAGAUUUCACCUCGUUCUACUCUCUUCGCAACUCCUCAUCUACUCACUCUCACCCUCUUAUCCUUGCUCCCUCGCUCGCUCUCGCCUUCACAGACACCUUCUCAGCCAAGCUGUUGGGAGCGAACGAGGUUUCCAAGAACGACUCCAAAGCUGCCAAGAACGCCGUCGGGGACGAACGCGGCGUGGUCUACUUGAAACUGAACAUCUACAUGGACGACGACAGACCCAAGUGGGUCAAGUACACGGUGAAAACCUCCCGGCUGAAAGGCGAGAUGCCGCCGACCAAGACACACGUGCACAAGGGCGAGAAGGGGAAGAACGACGCGCUCCUUCUCGACCUGCCGUGCAAGUACGAGAAGAAGGGCGACGAGCAAUGGAGCUGCGAGGGAUCCCUCGGGAAGAACAAAGAGGAUCGCUCUGACACCCUGCUGUCGGCUCUUAAGGAGAUUGUUAAGAAACCUUGCGGACAUUACGGUAAUAUUCAGACUAAGCGGUACCCUGAUGGCGCCGUGCGUGGUCAGUUGUCGAAGGAGUAG